AUGGAGGAUACCAAGACCCUGUUGACUCAGAUCACUGGAGAAGGUUUUACCCAUAUCCACCGAAACGCCAACAGUGUGGCUUAUCGUGUUACGAAGUUUGCAACUCACAUUGACAUGACCUUAAGGGGACUCGCUGGGGGGAGAGGGGUGGGGGACUCUAUCGAAGUGGGUAGUGAAGCCUUCACUAGAGCAGGGUUUAAGAAUUGGAAGAAAGGGAGAGAAAGAAUGAAGGUGCAUGUUGGACCGGUUGGUAGUGUUCAUAAUAAAGCUAGAGAAGCCGCUACAAAUUUGAUGAAUCAAAAUACACAUAUUGAGACGGCUGUGAGCAAACACUCUGAACAAGCUCGUAUGGCAUAUCGAAGAUGCUUAAUUGCAUCAAUCAAGUGCACUAAGUUUCUAUUGAGACAAGGUCUUUCUUUUCGUAGAAAUGAUGAAAGUGCCACUUCAAGCAAUAAGGGAAAUUACUUGGAGCUAUUGCAAUUCCUUGCAGACAAUGAUGAGAAAGUUAAAGAAGUUGUGUUGGAAAAUGCUCCGGGGAAUCUCAAGUUAGUAGCUCCAAAGAUUCAAAAAGAUAUUGUCAAUGCAUGUGCCGGGGAAACACUUGAUGUCAUCAUGAGUGGUUUAAAAGAUAGAUUCUUUUCUAUAUUGGUGGAUGAAGCACGUGAUAUUUCUGUGAAAGAGCAAAUGGCUAUGGUGUUGCGUUAUGUGGAUGACAAAGGGCAUGUAAUUGAAAGGUUUGUGGGGGUUCAACAUGUUACCGACACCACUUCAAGUACACUAAAGGAUGCCAUUGACAUAUUCAUUUCUUCCAAUGGUUUGAGCUUUUCCAAGUUACGAGGACAAGGUUAUGAUGGAGCUAGCAAUAUGAGAGGUGAGUUGAAUGGCCUUAAAACAAAGAUUUUGAGAGAACAACCUUGUGCAUACUAUGUUCAUUGCUUUGCUCAUCAACUUCAACUAGCACUUGUUACCGUAGCAAAGAAGAAUAUUGAUAUUGCCUCUUUCUUCACAACCACUAAUAGUGUGGUUAACCAUGUUGGAGCAUCUUGUAAGCGGCGUGAUGCACUUAGAUAA